UAAACACUCGUAAUUUGUUGAUAUUAGUACGGCCAUCGUCAGACUGGUAUUGUUACGAGCCUGUCUAAUUUUGUCGUCUGCGUGAAAUUGUCUGUGAACUCGUGACACUAUUUGGCAUAUGAAUACUACAUGAUUAAAUUUCGGAAUCAUUUAGACGUGCUGUACCUGGGAUAAUAUAUGAGAAAAGCUUUUCGACAACAAUCCUGAGCAAUGGAUAUUUUCACCUGUAUCCUUAUAUGGACCAUAGGUGGGCAUGCUGUUUCCUCCCAACCACUGUUCACUACGAAUCCGUUGACAAGACAACAUCAAAUGGGACCUAAUCUUUCGGGAGACAAGCAUAGGUUUUCCGGGAGGAAUGCUUUGAUCAGUUCCGUGAGGCAACCGCUAAUUGGACCACCCUUUGGUCCGGUAGACCCAUCCGUUCAGCGCAAUCCUCCUACUCGGCCUCCUCCGCCGCCUAUGGCCCCCCUAAUCUCCAUGUUACAAAAUGACCUAUCAAAGGAGAAGAUUCGCAUCCCUGUAGCAAAUAUCCAAGGACCUAAGGCCACGCCAUCUGGUCCUAAAGAUACAGGACCAGAUCCUAAGGAUGCUUUACCUGCACCUCUGAAUACAGAGUCAGGGCCUAAGGAUUCGGCCACGGGGCCUGUGGAUGCGGGCCAAGGACCUACGGAUCCUAUACAAGUACCGACCGGGUCUGUAAAAAGCUCAAAUGUUGCAGUGACCGAACCACCAGCAGCAGAAACGACGACCACUCCUGUUGUUGAGCAAACUCCCGAGCCGACUGUGAUGCUGAUAGGCUGUCCAGAUUACGCGUCCUUAUACAGGAGAGACAGACUCGUCAUUAUGUACAACAAAAAUAGAUGUGAAAUGGAGGUCAGACUGAAAAGACAUAGAAGGACAAGAGUAGAACAAAUGUCAGUGAGAUUUAGAAAGCGAAGACAACCAAGGGACAGACAGAAAACAAGUACAGACAGACCACAGCAACCUGUCAGGUGUGAGGAAUUCCCAGUAACUGAACAAGGAAGCAUCAAAUCUAUCAUCACCCGCCCACAACAGUGUAAACUAGAACUCUCCGUAGAACUGGCGUUAGUACCUACGUCACGACCUAGCAGAAACAACAGGAGGGGGAAAAGGCUACAGAGACGUCCAGUGUUUACGCCGAUCGACUUGUAAGGGGAUACAGCCGUGCUCUUCAGAAGUGAAUCUACAAAAAUGAACUCUGUGUAUAGUACAACUGAUUAUAUCUACACAAAUGAUUUUUUUCUGCCAUAAAAAGCAUAAACUGUUUUUACGAUUGUUUCUGUGAAACAAACAACCAGUUCAAUAAGGAUAAUUGUGUUUAGUUUUAGUAGGUAAUAAACCGAUUACUACGGUUUGAUAAACAAUACGAUAUCGGGCUACUUUUAUUAUUUCAUAACCCACUGUCUGUACAUGUUCGUUUAACAUCUGAAGUACAAAUGUCAUUAUAGAGACAGUGGCUGGACAAUAUCAAUUAAACAAACAGUACGCGAUCCCUGAAUUUGAACAAAACUAUAGUACGCAUGUUUAUUGUCUAUUUCAUAAUAUCCCGCCAUUCCGUUUGUCAGCCGUAUUACUAACGGUGAUAUCUAUACUGUGUAGAAUGCUGACGUGGUUCUGUACCAUUCUUACCAAAUAUGGUAGAUGUAAAUCAGUCAAAUAACUUUCAACUUGUAUCGGUACUGUCGAAACUGUCAUUGGCUCGGGUUGUUACUCAAAUUUAAAUAAAAAUGGAAAAUUAGUAUCUCAA